AUGGAAGAACCAAGAUCACCACGUGUAGUAACGUCAAAACGACGAAUUAAAUACAGAAAAAGCUCAUGGCGUAUUCAUAAUUUUGAAGUGUGGAGUGGAGAGCUUUUGUGCCGCGUUGUUGUGUUACGUAUGGAAGGUUCAGCACUAUUAUGGAUAGGAUCUGAUAAGCCUGAAUUAGGGGAGGUAGCGCUCGGUAUGCCAGCGCAAAUUGAAAGCCGUGGUGCGCUCAGCAGCUCUCUUUUUGGUGUGGAGAUUCACAUCGCCUCUGGUGGUGCGAGGACUCAUUGCAGAGAUUAA